UAGAAGCGUGUCAAGACGACGGCGGCGCCGCCGCCAUGCAAUGUCAAUGCUCAGCUGGUACAAGACCUGUAGACAAACGAACGACCGGUUUAAUGUCGCUCUUAAUAAUCAUUUGCGAUAAAAUACUUAAUUUGAAUUAUUACAAAUCCGCCUUAAUAUGUCGGGUGGCUGUUCCUGAAUUUCAGAUAUUACACCAAAAGAAGAUUUUUCUCAGUUUUGCUGAAACAAGAUGAUAAAAAACUGGGGUGUCAUCGGUGGUAUCGCUGCUGCCAUUGUGGCGGGUGUAUACGUUUUGUGGGGCCCAAUCACAGAGCGAAAGAAGAGAAAGAAAGGUAUGGUUCCUGGUCUUCUGAACCUCGGCAAUACUUGCUUCCUGAACUCUUUGCUUCAGGGUUUGGCUGCAUGUCCGUCCUUCAUCCGAUGGUUGGAGAAAUUUUCAAGUUCACCAGCAAUCCAGUCGUGCAAAGAAAACAAACUGUCCACAACACUUCUUCAGCUUCUCAAAGCACUGUCUAGUAAUGAGCCCGGGGAUGAAGAUGUGCUGGAUGCUGGAUGCUUGCUGGACGUUCUCAGGCUCUAUCGGUGGCACAUCAGUUCAUUUGAAGAGCAGGAUGCCCAUGAACUCUUUCACGUCUUAACAUCAUCUCUUGAGGAGGAGCGGGACCGCCAGCCUAAAGUCACCCACUUUUUUGACAUGCAGUCUCUUGAGAAUCUUCCUGAACAGGAUGAGAGAAGUAGGACGUGCAGAAGUCGAGCACCUCUUCAUCCAAUACCAAGCCCAUGGAAGUUUCAACAUCCUUUUCAUGGCCGUUUAACGAGCAACAUGUUGUGCAAGCGAUGUGAGCAACAAAGUCCAGUACGAUAUGAUUCCUUUGAAAGCCUUUCACUGUCCAUCCCUUUACCUCAAUGGGGUCGACCGAUUUCUCUGGAUCAGUGUCUACAGCAUUUUAUCUCCUCAGAAACCAUCAAGGAAGUAGAGUGUGAAAACUGCACACAGCUUCAACUUGGGACAGUAUUCAGUGGACAGGUGGCAGAAAGUCAGCGGACCACGUUUGUAAAGCAGCUUAAAUUGGGAAAGCUUCCCCAGUGCCUCUGUGUCCAUCUGCAAAGACUCACAUGGUCCAGUGAAGGGACCCCCAUUAAAAGACAAGAGCAUGUACAGUUUUCAGAGUAUCUAUCAAUGGACCGCUACAAACACAAUGCCUCUGCACAGAUCAUAAAGCAGACCAAACAUCUGGCCAAGCACCAAAAAACUGAACAAUCAGAAAAGGUUAUGGGGAAGCCUGCUGCUAAUGGCACUGAUGAAGAGCAUCAUAACAACAACAAACCCUUUACAAAUGGAAACUGUUCAUCUGUUUGUUUACACUCUACUAGUGGAACAACACAGUUGGGCCUCAUGUUUGACUUUCGUUCUACAGAGUAUCUCUUCCAGCUCACAGCCGUGCUGGUUCAUCACGGUGAUAUGCACUCGGGACAUUUUGUAACGUACCGCCGCAGCCCCUCCCCACCACACAGUUCCACGCCCUACAUCUCUCGGUGGCUCUGGGUGUCUGACGACUCCGUCCGCAAAGCCAGCCUCCACGAGGUUCUGUCAUCUAAUGCUUACAUGCUCUUCUAUGAGAGAGUCCACAGGCAGAGCACCGCCUUGCAUCCAGAGGAGUAAGAGCUCAAAAUUUUGCUGCCUUUCCAGUCAUACUGUUAACAACUGGAUAAGCCCUUUGCUACAUGGACGACGGUGGCGAAAUUGUGAAGUCAUUUGACAGCAAUUUGUUACAUAAAUGGAUCAUAUCAAGCACUGAAAGUCAUGAGAUGUUGCUGGCUUUUAUACAGAACAAUCCCCCAAAGAAUACGGACUAGUUUGGAGUCUUACUCUGUAUUUGACCGGCAAGUACAAGGUUCCUGGAUAACAUCUCUUCAGUAGGUUGUUUGUGUGCGAAGCAUUUACUAUUGACACUGUAAGAACUAUUUGAAUGCAAGCUGGUACAAUUAUUUUGUCAAUGAUGAGUACAUAGAGAAGAAUUACCGUAGAUAAUUAUGAAUGGGAGACAACACAGUUUCUAAACAUUUGCAGCAAUCUAUGUAUACACAUUUUGGAAAUUAUGCAUAAUAUACAUAGAUACACAAUCUUCUAUGAUUAUUGAAAUACAGGAUUCAAGUUGUGCAUACUGUAGCUGCACAAAGUGCCAUUUUGUCUCAAGAUUUUUACCACAUGAAGCCCUGUGUGCUAAUGUAAAAGUGACAAUUGUUUUACUUCAGUAUGGACCUUAAUUGGCUUUGUUGGUGUCAUGAUUUUGCGUUAAAUCAUGAAAGGUGGUUUAGCUGCAUUUACUAGUAACUGCCAUUUUCCUCCUUCCAAACCAGCUGAGAAGAAAGUAGGUGGCGCAAAAGCCUGUUAAUGUUUGCAAUUUGCACUAUUGUACAAUACGUUCGGGUGAUGUCAUGUUUGUGUGCAAUCUCUAAAGUGACAAUUUUCUGAUAUUAAAAAGAAUAAAGUCAAUGUUUUAUUUUUGGCAAGCUAUAUAUUUGCAGGUGUGUGAGUAGUUUAUAAUAAACAGAUGAAAUUGGUGCAGAGAGGUCAGUGGUUCACUUUUUGCCGGUGUGCAGUAUGCUUCUAAAUGUGAGGUUAAUGCGAGGCAGGAGGAUCCUCUUUCGAACAGGAAGGCUGUGAUACCAAAAUGUGUUUGUGGGGGAGUUCAUCAGGAGCAGGCUUCCAUGAGCAAGCACCAUCUU